AUGGGCGCGACCACAUGCGCAAGCUUUCCAUAGGCUGCUCCUAGGAGUUAGGGUUCUAAGUCUAGGUAGCGGAGAACGCAACUGCAUUCACUUCAAGACGCAGGCCGAGCGUCUCUUGCUUUCGGUGUGUCUUGGUUAUGGAGUAUGCCUUACCUAGGUUUUCAGUCUGGAGUCCGCAAGUCUAGACUAGGUUGAUUGAUAGAUAGACACAAGGCUGCACCACAGCAGAGAAAGCGAGGCUGUGCAAGAGUCUGCUUAUAUCUACUAUGCGGGUGGCCGGGGCUUGGCCUCCAUGCUUAUGAUUUCUACCCGGGUUUGCGUAUUGCGAUUGGGAUAGCGAUUGCAUAUGCAUACGCAUAAGCAUACGCAAUUACUAACUUCACCCUCUCGCAGACUUCUCGAUCUAUCGUUGUCAGGUUCAGAGUGCACUAGUUAGAAGAUUUAGAUGGACAAAACGAUAACGACUAGAAAUACACUAGGUGGUCUAUGGCUAGGCAGGUAGAUGAUGAAUAGAUUGACUGAGGGAGAGAAUGAAAGCAAACUAUCGGGAUGCGCAGGGUGUACGAUUGAAAGAAUCUCAAAGGGAGUAGUAUUUCGAGUAGCAUACGCAUGAAUAAAACAAGUUGUAGUACAACAAUCAUCAGGGUGGACCGUCGGGGAUAAUUUUCGAAGGAUGGACUGUGGUCUAUUUCGAUAAUUAUCACUAUGACAUAGAGAUAGACUUAGACUCUAAAUCUAAAUCAUUUCUGGGUUUUCUGCGGAUAGCGAUGAGGUUGUUCUUUGUAGAUAGAUUACUACAUGUUAAUACACAGACGCACAAUGUCAACAUCAAUGUAUGUGAGAACUACACGCAUAGGGAAAAGCAGGAGUCAAUCGAUCAGCGAGUGAGUAUUUCUAUAAACAUGAUGAUCGAAGCCGUGGGGGAAUGCAUAGCAGUACGACAUAUCAGAAGUCUAAGAAACGUCAAGGAUCGGAAAAGUUUUUCUUCACUUUUAUAUCCUCGUGGGGGACUCUGCUACCGGUGCUGGGCCUGGAGUUAGGAGUAGAUUAUAGCUCUGGCAUCCUGAUACUCUUACUCGCGCUGAGUUUGGGACUCAGACCGACGCGCGCUUGCGGUAAGAGUAAGCAGGAGCCUAGUCCCAAGAAUUCUGUUUGAGGAUCGUUACUCUCACACAUAGUUUGGUGUCCGCAACUGCAUCAGGAUCAGCCUCAGUCACGCAUCUAGCUUUUAUUUGUGACAAACGUCGAGGAUAAUUCUCAGUAUCAAUUUCAGUUGUUGAAAAGUAUGCUCGAAAUGACAGUGAAAGUAGUUUGCGUCGAUGGGCUCGCAUUGAGAAUCACGAGUUCGAGCACAGCCUCCCUCUUACUUAUUUGUUUACUAUAUACUUCUCCGCUGUUGUCAGGUUUUCACCUGUGUGUGGCCCGCGCCGCUCAGUCGCGCGACAAGGUGACGGGGGGUUCAUAAUCAUAGGUGACACUGAUGCAGCAAGCAUGUUAUCCAUUCUUCUUAAAUCUAAAAUAUUCUAAAUAAUCUAAAUUUGUUUAGAGUAUAUUUUUACCCUCUCACUAUCUCGCUAGUAGAACCGCGCCAGCACUACUACUAGCACUAAAGCUUCGAGGUCCAUUCUAGAUCUACUCCCAGAUGUAGCGUGGCCUCGAGAGUAAGGGAGCAGGAGUAAGUGGGUAUACAGUUGGGGAAGAUUGACGCGCAAAGAAGUAAGCUGCCUGGAAGAGGAGACUGUUUUUGGCGCUUUUCUGUUCGUCAGUUACAGUUUGAAUUCAGCCUGUACUUCUACUUCGGAACGUGUUUCCUGUGCGAGUGAAAGUGAAUCCGUCUCCAACGCGCGACCAAGCCAUCUAACUAACGCAGCAUCGAAUGAAGUAUAAGUAACGCUGGUCGACUCAUUGCCCGCUGCUUUGCAGCGGUCCUUAGACUUUGAUAUCGCCAGGCUUCUCCUUCUCGUGUGGGUAUGGAUAGAGAAGGGGCUACUGUGUAAGAAAUAUAACUGAAUGGAAUUGGAAGCUGCAGUGUUGAGUAAUUUGCUUCACCAUGUCCAUAUAACGACACGUGCCCGUCAUGAACGCACUCGGGGGACGCGAGGGGUCAGAUCUACAGACGACCCUAGUACUGCUUGUUGAUAAGUUAACUGUUGAUAUGAACCUUCAACGGAAGCAACUGCAACCGUCGUCGUCGACGUUGCUCCGUUCUUCUCAAGUAUUGGCUCGGUCUUCAUUGUCCGAGGGAGCGACGUCCGUCUGUACUCUCCAAGGGGGGCGAUGGGCUCGCUCUUCUUGUUUCCAAUUCAUCAGACUAUGGCUAUGCCGUCUAGGCGUUUUCAUAUUGCUUCUUGAUUGGUAACUUGAAGAUCUAGGGCAGGCUUUUCAUUGAUGAUAUCUUCGAAUCCCAAUCGCCGUUAUUCUAUGCACUCUUCUAAAUCAGGCAUCACUAUCUUCCAGAUUCCAGAAGGAGAAGACGCACUGUGGCAGUAGGAGUAGCGCAAGCAACUCAACUGAAAAGAUAAAGAAGGGCAGCGUCGUGACACUGACACCGCUCGCGAAGGGUAAGUAGGUGAUAUGGGAUAGUGCUGAACUAUAGCCGUGACAAAGACCAGGGUGAUGAACCACGAGGCAGAGCUUUUACCUUACCUGUCUGCUUCAAGUGAAUUUAGUUGGGGUUUUUAAAUUUAGCUUGAUUCUUGAACUUGAUCAACUCUUCUUCUUCGUACUCGAUGGUUGGGUUUGGGGGUUGGGGCUAAGAAAUGAGCACGAGGAGAAGGGAAUGUGCAAGCAUGGCUAGGACGAAGGACAGCUGAUUGAUUGCGCAUGUAUGAUUCAAGUGAAGAUUCUGCAGUGUCAGAACUCGCCCCCGGCGUUCGCAUACUUACAGCAACAGGAAACGGCACUGCGGUGUCGCAUGCAGAUCUAACCCUAUCUGUGAAAAUCAGAAAGUGGCUUUCAGUAUUAGUUUCGAACUCGAUGUCCUUGCAGAUGCAGCAUGAGGAUGAGCAUCAGAGUCGGUGCGUCUUCUUCUACAACUACGUGGCGGUUGGUUGUAGGGCGGGCCUUACUCUCCUUAGGGAUGUCUUUGCAAUUGUGUCUCUAUCUGUAACCGUACCAACUGUAUCAUCUGUCUUUCUGACUGUGUGAUCGUAUGCAAGAUAUUCAUGGGAACACUUUGGCGCACUGACACUGACACUGAGGCUGAGCUCUGAGAAACGGGAGAUUGAAAUAGCCAGCGACCUCUUUGUGUGGCUCGUCCUCUUUGUAUGGUAUAGGUAACUAUGACGCAACCUCCACAAGAAUGCGGAAUGGAUAGGGACAAGGAACUAGUACAAAUGGAAAACUUCACGAAGGAGAUCGGCGAUCGUAAUUGUCGCUGUCUAUGUGUAGAGAG